AUGUCUGCCGCCAUGGGUUCAGCCAUGUUUGGUUAUGAUUCUGCGUUCAUAGGUGGCACAAUGUCCCUCCCUUCAUUCAAGAACCGUUUCCACCUCAGUUCAACAAAUCAAGCUGAGCUGGCGGCGUUGAAAGCGAACAUUGUCAGUACGUUCCAGGCCGGCUGCUUCUUUGGAGUUAUCUUAUGCUACUUCGUCACAGAGAGAAUCGGCAGGCGGUGGCCGCUGAUGAUCUGUGGUGCGAUCUUCAACGUUGGUGCAGUCCUGCAGCUGGUUUCGGCGGGCAAGGUCGGAUUGAUCUAUGGCGGGCGUGCUUUGACCGGGCUUGCUGUAGGAGCUUCCUCGAUGAUUGUUCCAGUGUAUAUUUCGGAAUCCUGUCCACCUGCCAUUCGCGGUCGUCUGAUUGGAAUCUUCGAGAUCUUCCUACAAUUCUUCCAAAUUUUUGGAUUUUGGGUCAAAUACGGCGUCAAAAUUCAUAUAGCGCCAACAUCGGAUGCGCAAUGGCACAUUCCAUUCGCACUGCAGCUCAUCCCAGGCUCAUUGCUCGUCAUAUGCAUGUUUUUCCAACCAGAAUCACCUCGCUGGCUUUUGAACGCCAACCGUGUAGAUGAAGCCAGAAAAGUGCUCCAGCGCCUUCAAGCGCUCCCAGAAGGCCACGAAUAUCUCACUUGCGAGGUCAACACCGUCCUUACUCAGAUAGAGGAGCCUUCACAAGGAGCCAAGAAAGGGUUCGUGGCCAAGCUCCGCGAAAUAGCGCUACCACAAAACCGCGUCCGACUGUUGCUUGGAAUAGCUCUUAUGUUCAUUCAAAACAUGUCUGGCAUCAACGCACUGAAUUACUUCUCGCCAUCAAUCUUUGGAGCAAUUGGGUUCACAGGCACCAGUGUAGGCCUACUCGCGACGGGUAUUUUCGGCAUUGCCAAAGCAGGCGCAACAGCCAUUUUCAUAAUUUGGGGAAUAGAUAAACUCGGUCGCCGUCUUUCUCCGCUCAUCGGAUCCUCUGGAGCUGCCAUUACAUUGUUCUAUAUUGGCAGCUAUACACACAUUUCCGGAUCAUUCGAACACGUUGCAACUGGUAGCGGUAAGACUCCAGCCGGAUAUGCCACAAUUGCCAUGAUAUACAUCUUUUCGGUCUUCUAUGCCAUGUCCUGGAAUAAUGACAGAUAUCAACAUUGUUCAGUGCCGAGGUUUUUCCUAUGGGCAUCAGAUCCGUGUCUUGUUUUCACAACCUGCGCCCAGUGGUUGGGUCAAUUCAUUAUUGUGUAUUCCACACCAUACAUGAUGACGGAUAUCAAGUCUGGAACAUAUUUUCUAUUUGGCUCCUCUGUCAUCUUCGGGCUUGUCUUCUCAUCGCUAUUGGUUCCUGAGACCAAGGGAUUUUCCCUAGAAGAGAUGGACAUUUUGUUCACUCGCAAAGGCCUGGCGUACACGUGGCGGAGGCAAGCCGAACAACAUAUCCGUGAGAAUAGAGCCAGCGAUCAUGAUAGUAUAUAUAGUCAGCGCAGCGCCUAA